AUGGGUCUUUGUGAUUCAAAAUCAAAACAGGUGUUAUCGACGAGUGGCGUAGCAGAAAAGCGAAAGAAUUCGUCGAAAGGCAAUGGGCCCGCGGUUUCAUCCUCCUCCACCGCUGCUCCUGGGUUUCCACCCUCAUUCUCAAGCACCGUUCCUGCAGGAUCCUCAUCCAAUGCCCCUACUACUACUACUGAGAGGAGGAGGGAGGGGGUGGCUGUCGUACUAAACGUCUACAAUCUGCAGAGACGCAGCGUCCGUGGAUCGCGAAGUCUGAAUGAGUGGGUUGGCCUCGGCGUGUACCAUACCGGUGUGGAGGUCUUUGGUACAGAGUGGUCAUUUGCAGGCUGUGCUGGUUGUUCAUCGCAUGUCUGUGGUAUUUUCCCCUCUCUGCCGAAAACUGUGUUGCCUCGGCAAAUGCUGAAGGAAAGCAUCGUGCUUGGAUACCUACCGCCGGACACAGAACCGUCACGUAUUUAUGCCGUGUUGAGGAAAAUGAGCCCACUUUGGUCCGCCUCCAACUAUCAUAUUUUUCAGCGAAAUUGCAAUCAUUUCUCCCGUGCGUUUUGUGAUGCUAUCAGUAAAGAGUUUCCGGAGAUUAAAUUGAAGAAGUUCCCAUCGUACGUUAAUCGGGCAGCGCGCGUGGCAGACAUGAUCCUCCCCGAUGUAUUUUAUCGGUCAUGGACGAAAGGCAAUAGUUUUCCGAAGCCAAAUUCGCCGAUCCCGGCGGCGGCGGAAGGAGAAGACACUGCGGGUGCAUCUUCUUAUGGCUUUGGCUCGAAGGAUGAGGGCGUGGCAACGAUUCCGAUUCCCUCCACUCGUGAGGCGAUGGAGUCCAUGACGGUGCGGGAGCUUAAAACAAUGAUGUGGGUGAAUGGCAUCUCAUGGGAUGGAUGCAUCGAGAAGGAGGAUUUGAUUCAAUCCGUAGAGGCACACCGGCAACGACAUCCUCGAAGAUGA